GACCCUCGCAUAAUGAAGAUUGGAGAUAAGAAACGUUGGAUACAUGACCCGAAUAGCGAACUUUGUCGCCCACUUAAUUGCAAGAAAAAGGAACUUUGCCUCUUGGAGGAUACUUUCACAGCUGUCUGCGUCUCGAAGAAGGAGCUUCAUAAAUCAGGGGACAUAGUAAUUCCGAAAUCUCGUGCAAUUCAACAGCGACGGAUGAGGACCGAAACCUCGGUCGAUUCUGACGACGAUGACGCCUUCUUUGAUUCCGAGGACGAUGACGACGAUCAAGAUGAAUCAAAAUGCCAGGAAUGUCCCGUGGUGAAGCCUACGUUCCUCUGCGGAAGCGACAAUCGCACGUACAGCUCACCGUGCCGUCUCGAGUACCACAACUGCAUUCACCAUACCUCCGUCCACAUCACCUGCAAAGGUUUUUGUCCGUGCAAAGUUGCCGAUCUGCGAACAUACUCUUCGAAGAAGACGCAGAUGCAGAGGAAGAAGAUGCUCAUGGGCAAGAUGGGCCGCAACCAUGACAUUACUCUUACACCCCGCGACUUCAAUUACGAUAAUCAUCAUUACCAGUAUCUCAAGUACACGAAACACGGCAAGGUAAGUCAUAUUCGCUUCUUAUGCUACAUUUCCGCUAUAAACGACAGAGAAAACAUUGAACAUCAUACAUGAUGUUCUUAUCUUUGUCGCGAUUGAGAGCUUGAAUUGAAUUGAUUAUUUCUUCGCUUAUUACAAAGACAUUUUUAUCUCGCGUAUGCGUAACAACGUGUA